AAGUGACGUUGUCAUUUCGUCUUACACGCAAACGGCAGACUUGACAACAAACAAAACAGAGUGGUCUUUUUUUUUUUUUGUAUGUGCUGUGCUUAUUCUGUGUACCGACAAAUAUUUCCGAAGGCCUGCAAUCGUUUGCACACGUUACUAUAAAGGCAUCGUAGCUGCCUCGGCUAACUAAGGCUAGAUAGCCGACGUUAGCUAACACUGCGAGGUUUUUUCACCUCGCUGGUGGUGCGAAGUUAGGUUAGCUUGUUUACGUUACAUACAGGAGUUGUCAUUUUCCAAAUGGCCUGCACUUUAGAAAAAGUGUUGGGCGAUGCCCGGACCCUUCUAGAGAGGUUGAAAGAGCACGACACGGCCGCCGAGGGACUGAUAGAGCAAUCCGGGGCCCUCAGCCAGAGAGUGCAUAGCAUGAGAGAGGUGGGAAAUGCCCUUCCAGACAAGCACAUAGAAGACACUUCAGAGAUUCAGGAGCUAACCAAAUACAAGCCUCAUGUCCUUCUGACUCAGGAAAACACUCAAAUCAAGGAACUACAGCGGGAGAAUAAAGAACUGUGGUUGUCUCUUGAAGAACACCAGUACGCGCUAGAGUUGAUCAUGGGUCGAUACCGCAAGCAGAUGCUCCAGCUGAUGAUGGCGAAGAAGGAGCUUGACACCAAACCUGUGCUCAGCCUUCACGAGGACCACGCAAAAGAAGUGCAGAGCCAGGUGGAGCGGAUAUGCGAGAUGGGCCAGGUGAUGAGAAGAGCAGUGCAGGUGGAUGAUCAGCACUACUGCUCUGUACGAGAGAGGCUCGCUCAACUAGAGAUUGAGAACAAGGAGCUGCGAGACCUCCUGGCCAUCAGCAAGGGCUCUUUGAAGACAGCGAGAGAGGAAACCAACCAGCCAGCAGCAGCACAAGAACACUCCCCUCAAUCAGGGUCCAACGAGUGAUCAGAAUAGCUUCAGUGUGAACUGUGGUUGGGUCAACAAGUCCUUCAGGACCAGGAGACAGGGUUGAUGAUCUCUUUAUCCAUCUCUUUAUCACUUUUUUAUUUUAUUUUUUUACAUAAGAUGGAAUGCAGUUAAACCACAUUAUA